AUGCACCCAACUUUUCAUAAAGCCCGGCCACUAGCACGAGCCAACAUCCACGCCAAACUAUACCCACCAUCACCAUGCACACUAUACACUGAUGCCACACCCUACCCUCACAAAGCUGCACACUGUGUAACUGUUCUCGGCCAACAUCCACCACCAAACGUCACGGCGGCCACCAUCCUCACUACAAACACAACCACGGCGGAGGAAGCGGCUAUUGCCCUUGCGCUCGCCCAGAGACCCACCCCCCAAUUCGUCCUAUCUGAUUCUCAGCAGGCCAUCCGCAAUUUUAUUCGCGGCAAUAUCUCCCCCAUGGCCUUCCAAAUUCUCACCAACAACCCUCCAUCCGACACCGUGACCCUGCUGUGGACACCAGCCCACACAGGCGUAGGAGCUAAUCAGAUGGUGCACGAUCGUGCUCGCGAACUUAUCGACCGAGCCGCCGUUUCAACUGCGCCUACACGCGAUGCCCCUGCAGGCAAGCCUACCUCCCUCCUGCAGUACAGGGAUAUUACCCUACACUACCGCCUCCUCCGCCGCCAAUACCCACCUCCGCACCCGCACCUCUCCCAAGAGGGACAUUGA